UGGUCAGGUCUGUCAGUUUCAGAAAACUGUUCAUUAUUGCUAAAGGUUUUUUGCUGGUUGACCAGUAAGAAAGUGAUUUCUUGGCCAACAUUUACCACAUAUUAACUGCAAGUUUAUCCUAAGUUUACUUUUUAAGGCAAAAAAAUUCACACAUGAAUGCACACACAUCACUAAAACAGAGAGACUGCCAGCAUACGUAUUGCACCAUAAAUAAGUAGAUAUGUGUUGGUUGGUGGUGUCAAUCUGUGUUCUUGUUGGUUGGUGUUUGUUAAAUGUUGUUAAUGUCUCAUCUUAUUUUAAUUGUCUCUGUUUUAAAAUUUCUUCAGUUUUAUACAUUUCGCCAUAUAAACACGACACAAUUGGGCACAUUACAAACUGUACUGUACUGGUUGAUCUACAACUGGGUUAAAGGUUUACUCAGUGCUAGUUAACGACAAAAUGCAAAUAUAAAUAUAAAGUCACAUUUAGAGAUUGCUCAUUUGGGAAUAUUUCUGCAUUUUAGUGCCUUCUCUCUUUGUGAAGGAACCUGUGGACAUGUGAGUGUUUUAAUAUCAUUAAAAUAUUAUAUUUUAAUGUUUGUUUGCAUUUGAUUACAAUGUAUUUUUCUUUUGGACCACCUCUGAAGUGAAUACAUUGGCAUAUUGGGAUAUAUAUAAAGAGAGAGAGAUAGAGAGAGAGAGAGAUCAAAAUUUAGACAUAUUACAUUAGAUACCAAGGUUUAACACAGUAACAAAAUUGUUAAUGCUUUCAUGAUUUUACACCUCUUUCAUGGCCCAUAGUUCAUCAUGACAGUGGAGGGCAGUCCGGAGAGGUUCAGUGAGCCCAGAACAAUUGAGUACUCAGGUCGCAAUCAGAAAACACCUCAAACUAAAUGCUGUUCUCCAACUCUAAAGAUCUUUAUUGGUUUACUUGCCUUCUGUUAUUUCACAAAAUCCCUGACGGGGGCUUACACCAAAAGUACCAUCACUCAGAUUGAGAGGCGGUUUGAGAUCCCAAGCUCUACUGCUGGCAUCAUUGAUGUCAGCUUUGAAAUGGGUAAUCUGUUGGUCAUUACUGUUGUUAGCUACUUUGGCGCUAAGUUUCACAGGCCCAAGAUCAUUGGAGCAGGGGUCCUGUUGAUGGGUAUAGGGACACUAUUAAUGGCUUUACCUCACUUCAUCAUGAGCCAAUACAAGUAUGAUACAGCUGCCGCCCACAGUAAUGAUGCUGAUAAUUUCACAGUGAGCUCCACAUGCUCAUCUGACAACCAGAGUACGGUUCAACAGCUUGUUUCUGGAUGUCUAAAAGGGGAAUCAGAAAGCUCACCCAUGUGGGUAAUUGCACUGUUUGGAAACAUUUUGCGUGGCAUUGGGGAAGCCAGCAUCGGCCCUCUGGGAAUGUCAUUCAUUGAUGAUUAUGCACGCCCAGAAAACUCUGCUUUUUACAUCGUCUCUAUGUGGACAUUGGGUUGUCUGCACACACUCGGAGUGAUUGGGCCAAUUUUUGGUUACUCACUUGGAUCGCUGUGUGCUAGUCUCUAUGUGGACAUUGGCUUAGUGGAUCAAGAGAGUGUGACCAUCACCCCUCAGGACUCUCGCUGGGUUGGGGCCUGGUGGUUGGGUUAUGUGGUUUCUGGGCUGUUGACUCUUCUUGCUGCUUUGCCUCUCUGGUUCCUGCCAAGAGCUCUACCUGAAAACCCCCAAACCUCUAAAUUAGACAACGCCUCAAACCAACACAAACACACACUCAGCAUUACAGAGAUAGCUAAAGAUUUUGGUCCAUCUCUGAAGCGUCUGCUCACCAAUGGGAUCUAUCUCCUGUACCUGGUUUACAGUGUAUUGGCACUCAAUGCCUUUACCAUUGUCAUAACAUACACGCCAAAAUAUUUGGAGCAACAGUUUGGGCAAAGUGCAUCUAAGACCAAUUUUCUCAUAGGAGUGACGUCUAUUCCAGCAGCGACUCUGGGUAUGUUCCUAAGUGGUUGGAUUAUGAAGAGGUUUAAACUGAGUUUGCUGGGAUCUACAAGACUGAUGUUCUUCUCCUCUGUAACCACAUUGGUUUGCACCAUACCUUAUUUUGCUCUCAGCUGUGAAAACAUAGAUGUCGCUGGGGUCACAGUGCCCUAUCAAGGAUCUGUUGAAGUUCAAGAUAUAAGCCAUGGUUUACUCACUUCAUGCAAUGCUGAUUGUGGGUGUCCUGACUUUCAAUGGGAUCCAGUGUGUGGACAGAACGGAGUGACCUACAUCUCUCCAUGUCAUGCUGGCUGCAAUUCCAUUCGGGGGGCAGGGCAGAAUAUGACAUUCCAUGGCUGUACAUGUAUCCAGAGCUGGGGACUGACUUCUGGGACCUCCACGGCAGUGCUUGGACAGUGUUCACGAGAGACUAGCUGCACUAAAAUGUUCUACAUCUAUCUGGCACUGCAGUCUCUCGCCUUCUUUGUGUACUCUCUGGGCACUGUUCCCUUCUUCCUCAUCUCAUUGAGGAUUGUGGAUCCUGCGUUGAAGUCUCUCUCAGUGGGUGUAUUUCUGUUAGUUUUAAGAGUUUUUGGUGGUAUUCCUGCUCCCAUUUGCUUUGGUGCUCUUAUUGACUCGACCUGUCUGAAAUGGGGCCAGAAGAAAUGCGGUGGAAGUGGCGCAUGCAGAAUGUAUGACACUGAAACUUUCAGGUACCUAUUUCUGGGACUGGUCAGCUCUCUGCGGACAAUUAGCUAUACCCUGUUAUGGAUUGUCACCAUACAGAUUAAGAGGAAAGUACAGAACGAUAAUCAAAUGUCCAAGGACGGAUAACUCCAACACCCCGUGCUAUGUGAUACAGAACAGGAAAAAAUUCUAAAAUAAUG